GAGAAGCGUACGCCUCCGAAUCAAAAGUCAAAACCCUAACCUGCGCUUCUCCCUUCUCUGUCUCUGUCUCUCUCUCUCUCUCUCUCUCUCUCUCUCAACACUUCCAUGGGGCGGCGACAAAGCGGCGGCACGAAAGCCGACGGCCAGAAAAGCCAUGGCCUCGCCCAGGGCACAGCCUGCGUCGAGGGAGACAGAGUGGGGGUGGACGACGAGGAGAUGGAGGAGAAGGCCGAGAGCUCCAACCUCGACGACUCGCCGUUGAUCGGCGCGGACAACACCAGCGCCGACUACUACUUCGAUUCCUACUCCCACUUCGGUAUCCAUGAAGAAAUGUUAAAGGACGUUGUUAGGACAAAAACAUAUCAGAAUGUUAUUUAUCAGAAUACAUUUCUAUUCAAGAACAAGGUCGUCCUUGAUGUGGGUGCAGGAACAGGAAUUUUGUCUCUGUUUUGUGCUAAAGCAGGGGCAAAACACGUAUAUGCAGUGGAAUGCUCUCAAAUGGCUGACAUGGCAAAAGAAAUAGUUCGAACUAAUGGAUAUUCUGAUGUUAUAACUGUGCUAAAAGGGAAAGUUGAAGAGAUUGAGCUUCCUGUGGCUCAUGUAGAUGUUAUCAUCUCUGAGUGGAUGGGCUAUUUCCUGUUGUUUGAGAACAUGCUAAACACAGUUCUUUAUGCGCGUGAUAAAUGGCUUAUCAAUGAUGGCGUUAUCUUACCAGACAAAGCUUUACUAUUCUUGACAGCAAUUGAGGAUGCUGAAUACAAAGAAGAUAAGAUUGAGUUUUGGAACAAUGUGUAUGGUUUUGAUAUGAGCUGCAUCAGGAAGCAAGCUAUGGCUGAACCACUCGUUGAUACUUUUGAUCCAAAACAAAUUGUUACCUCUGAUGUCUUAGUUAAGACAAUGGAUAUUUCUGAAAUGGCAUCUGGUGAUGUGUCCUUCACGGCUCCUUUCAAACUAAUAGCACAACGUGAUGAUUACAUACAUGCAUUUGUGGCAUACUUUAAUGUCCUGUUCACUCAAUGUCACAAGGAGAUAAGCUUUUCUACCGGCCCGAGAUCAAAGGCUACACACUGGAAACAAACCGUUCUUUACCUUGAUGAAGUUCUAACGAUUUGCGAGGAUGAAGUAAUCGAAGGGAGUAUAACUGUAGAGCCCAAUAAGAAGAACCCGCGGGAUCUGGAGAUUACAAUCAACUAUUCUUUAAAUGGGAAACAUUGUCAAGUUUCUCUAACUCAACACUAUAAAAUGAGAUAGCUGGAGUUUUUACCGAUGAAGUAAACAAUGAUUUAUGUAGGCUCUCAUGCUUGGAAGUUGAAAUUGUUGUGUUAAAAUUAUACUGUAGCAGUUGAUAAGAUUUUAGGAAAUUAUAUCGUCCUUUUGGAGCAAAAGAAAUUAUAUCAUCCUUGUUGAUUAAGAUAAGAGAAACAUUAGAGAUAUUAUUCGAUGCUUCUUGUCACAGGAUGGUUGUAUCAUGUAUGGUUUUGAGACAUGGGGUGUUGAGACAUGUUAUUGUAACAUGGGGUAUAUGAGAUUUGGGGUUGAAAUUUGAUACAUUCUAGUAUGCUUUCCUUCA